CGGUGCAGCCAAUAGGUCGCACUGCACGUUGUAAACAGGGAUUUCUCUACUGUAAUCUCCAUUUUGAAUGUUUUUAUGAUUUAGGGUUUUAUGGCACGCCUCCUUCCUCAUGGCCGAAAACGAGUAAAUUGCCUGGAUUACCCAGACGGUGUUAUGAAUCCGGACGAUAUCCGAGCUGCGAUCUUUCUACGCAGCUUGCGGUUUUUCUCGCUCUCGUGAAACGAGCUCAGACCGCGGCGGAGGCUUUCGCGUUGUUGUUGUUGUUGCUAAUCGCUAACAGCGGCAACGUCUAAACAAAACAAUGUCAGAUGAUGCAACAAAUCAAAACGGGAACGUAGAUAUCAACAGUAAUGCAAGAUGGAUCAAGGAGGACUGAAGAACGGCGCCAAGAGAGAUGAUAAUUUGAAUACGUUGGAUUACAGCAACAGCCCAGUUGAGGGAAUUUUACGAAGCGGAAUACAAAGCGCCAUGUCUGUCACCCCCACCUCGCUGGUUCCUCAACCCAAUCCGCUGAUGCAGCCGGUUUCCGGGGACCUUCCCAAUGGCCUGAGCAACUCGCCCACUCUGGAGGAGCACACCACUUCUGUGUCCUCCACCUAUGGCAUCUUUGGGGAAGAUUCAGAGCUCAAAGUGUUUGGGAAGGAGCAGAGGGCCCAGCAACACCAGACCCUGGGCGCUUUCACUUUGGGAGACAGCUUCUCAAGUCUGGAGGCCAGCAUUGCAGACCUCAAUAGCGUCUCUCCUUCAAUGGACUCUCUGAUUGGUGGAAUCGACCCCAAUCUCUUUCCUUUAAAAACAGAGGAGUUUUCUCCCAUGGAUAAAGGCGAUAUGGACCUUGACCAAGAUUCCUUUGGGCCAAUUGGGAAAGAUGUCGAUGUUGGCAAUCAUAAGCUCUUUAGUGACAACACUCUGGACCUCCUGCAGGACUUCGAGUUGGACGGAUCGCCCUCUGAUUUCUACGUGGCGGACGACGCAUUCCUCUCCACCAUAGGUGAUGAUACUCUGCUCGGAGACUUGCCGACACAUACGGAGAGGGACUUGAAAGCCGCCGUCUCGAUGAGCAACGGCGUGACUACCACUUCCAGCCCCUCCAGCAUCAACACGGUCACCACCACCAUCAGCUUUCCCACCGUGAAGGUGGAGAAGGACUCUAUAAUCCAGCUGUGUACUCCGGGGGUCAUCAAACAGGAGAACAACGGUGGGACUAACUACUGUCAGACAGCUCUCCACAGCACACCCAUUAACAUUUGCGGUGUCACCACUUCAAGUGGACAGAGCUUCCUAUUUGGGACCGGCCCAUCCACAGCUGCUGUCAGUCAGCAGAAAGAUCAGAAGUCUGUCUUUAACAUGUUCACCCCUGUGACCUCUACAGAAGGCAGUUGGGGUAGGGGCCAGGGCUUUGGGAAUGCAAGCGAAAUACAACAGAGGGCCAGCGAAUGCUUUUCCAAAAACUACACAAGCUUCUAUGCCAGACCUGAAGACCGCACCGCCACAUCCUCAGCUGCCGGGAAGUCCGGCACACACAAGAGCUGUCUCGUGUGCUCUGAUGAAGCUUCAGGCUGCCAUUAUGGAGUCCUCACCUGCGGAAGCUGUAAAGUCUUCUUUAAGAGAGCAGUUGAAGGGCAACACAAUUACCUGUGCGCUGGACGGAACGAUUGCAUCAUUGACAAAAUCCGCCGGAAGAACUGCCCUGCCUGUCGUUACCGCAAAUGCCUCAUGGCAGGCAUGAACCUAGAGGCCCGUAAAACCAAGAAGGGGCGUCAUCCCGGCAAGGUAAUCCAGCAGCCGUCAAUUCCAGAGCACAAUCUUCCUCCGCUGCCUGAGCCUCGGGCACUGGUGCCCAAACCCAUGCCCCAGGUGGUGCCCACCAUGCUGUCACUGCUAAAGGCCAUCGAGCCGGACACCAUCUACGCCGGAUACGACAGCACCAUCCCUGACACCUCCACCCGCCUUAUGACCACUCUGAACAGUCUGGGCGGCCGGCAGGUCAUCUCUGCGGUCAAAUGGGCCAAAGCUCUGCCAGGGUUUAGGAACCUUCACCUGGAUGAUCAGAUGACCCUCCUGCAGUGUUCCUGGCUCUUCCUCAUGUCCUUUGGACUAGGCUGGAGGUCAUACCAGCAGUGUAAUGGAAACAUGCUGUGUUUCGCGCCAGACCUGGUCAUCAAUGAAGAGAGGAUGAGGUUGCCCUACAUGAAUGAUCAGUGUGAACAGAUGCUGAAGAUCUCCAAUGAGUUUGUGAGACUGCAAGUGUCCAACGAGGAGUACCUGUGCAUGAAAGUCCUUCUGCUCCUGAGCACAGUGCCGAAGGAUGGUUUGAAGAGCCAGUCAGUGUUUGAGGAGCUACGUAUGUCUUACAUUAAAGAAUUGGGCAAGGCCAUUGUGAAGAGAGAGGAGAACUCCAGCAAGAACUGGCAACGGUUCUAUCAGCUCACUAAGCUACUGGACUCCAUGCAUGAUAUGGUGGGUGGACUCCUGAACUUCUGUUUCUACACCUUUGUGAAUAAAUCCCUCAGCGUGGAGUUUCCCGAAAUGCUCGCGGAGAUCAUCAGCAACCAGUUACCAAAAUUCAAAGCUGGGAGUGUCAAAUCGCUGCUGUUUCACCAGAAGUGAAGCUCCUCCCAGCAGCAGGACACGAUGCCUUAAACGUCCACCCCGUCCCCUCACUCCCACUCCACCGGGACAGCAGAGGGAGGCGGAGGCGUGUGAGAGAGAGGACCGUAUGCAACCCAGCACACAACUCCAUGAUUGACCACAGUACAGUGGAGUCGGAGGAAGAGACGGGUAGUUAGAGGGUCUAAAAAAAAGCUAACAAACGGCUGAACUGUUGAAAUUUACGUAACCACGAAUAGAUUAUCCCAUACAUGUCGUCUCAGGUGUUUGACUCCCAGCAUCAACUAUUAGUAGAUGAAAGCUAAUUGUCUAAGGUCACGUACUAUGUAGUGUUCCACACGUCUCUUAUUUUUGCAACAGAUGCAGCAAAGCAGCACUUACAGUCCAGUAUGCGCAGAUUAUAUAUAAUCUGAGUAAUAUAAGAUAGUCUAAUCAGAGUAUCCUACUUUUUAACUUCAGAUGAUAGCAGUUUGAAAUAAUCAUUUCAAUAACAUGUACAGAGAUAAUGGCUUCAGCUUGGUUUGAAAAUGAAAUACUUUUUGUAUGACAGCAUAUCUACACUGUUUUAAAACAACUCAUGUCAUUAACAGAGUAUUACAUAUAUACAGAAAAAGGGAAAAUAUGUGCCUUUUUUAUUUUUUAGCUUCUUUCCUUUUUUAGCCAUUUUCUUGACUCAUCCGAACCAAGACAUCCAGCACUACUUCUUCAUAGUUGAUUGUACUUUUAUACCCACUUGCACUUGUAAUUUUAAAAAAAACUGCAUUUUUUUUUUUUGGCAGCUUUGUAAUCAUUAGUGUGAAAAGUUAUCCUUAUCGAUGAGACAUGGAAGAUGAGUCUGACGAUUAUUUUUACGCUGAGAAAUGCAAAUCGAGCACUUUCACUCCUUGUAAAUACUUUAAAAGGGGCUGGUUUAGAUUUGCUCUGCAGCGAAGGUGUAUUUGUGUCUAAGAAAGCCAUUUAUUAUGAAAUCCACCUGUUAAUUCAUAUAGGAAUUAUGCACUGUGAAACAUGAGUUUUUGUCGGUUUUGUUUUUAUGUUUGUCGUCUUUGUUCCUUGGCUUACAUAGUAAUGCCACAGUAUACAACCAAAACAAUGAAUGCAGAUUACAGUACCUAUAAC